AUGGCUCUCACAACAAGAGAUCCAAAAUAUCUUCUCAAAGCUUACACAGCUGAAACAGGUUUUUAUACAAAACUCAAUAUCGACUUGGCCAGUGACACUGACGUCGGAAAAUUGGAACGUCAGUUCUACAUUGGUAUUCUUGCUUUCAAUCCUUGCUUUGAUCAAUUUCGUUUCAAUGGUGAAGCCUAUCGUGGAAUGAGCCUCACAGAAGAUGACCUCAGAGAAUAUGCAGUGAACCAAAAAGUGAUGAUUAAAUCAUUUCUUUCGGCAACAAUCGAUAAAAGUGAAGCUGAGUUUUUCUUGGGAAAGAUCCAACGGCAUAAUAUUCAUGGUCAAGCAGUAAAAAUGGGCGUCAUGUGCACUUACAUCAUUCGAGAUAAAUGGAGUAGCCUCAAUGUUGAACAUAUAUCUGAGUAUCCUAAAGAGAAAGAAGUACUUAUCUUUCCAUAUUCUGUGUUCAUGGAUUUAGUUGUAUCCGUUAGUUAUUAUGUAGUUAUACGAUGUUAUGCAUCUGCUAUGUAUUAUAGACCUUUUGGAUUUGUUGAAAUUGUUUAG